CCUGACCAGGGAAAAAACAGAUGGAUUUUUUUUUUGGGGUGAAAAUAUAGAUAUUGAAAAACGGUGCCCCUCGAUCCUCGUCCGGAGAAUAGAAGUGUAGAACGGAGAAGAAAAGCUUUCGAGACGACAGGGAGGAUUUUAGGGUUUUGGACAAUAGUUUCGUGCUGACACUUGUUUGGGGCUUUCCUUCCGAUUCUAACUACAAUGGGAAAGAAUCAGAAGUCGGACCUGGGGAGGGCUCUGGUUAAGCAGCGCAACCAGAUGAUCCAGCAGAGUAAGGAAAAGGGUCGGUUCUACAAGAAUCAGCAAAAGAAGGUUUUAGAAUCGGUCACAGAGGUCACCGACAUUGAUGCCAUCAUUGAACAAGCAGACGAGGCCGAGCGUCUCUUCGUCGCCAACCACCCCACCCCUGACCUCCCCAUUAGUCUGGAUGCAAGCUCUAGCACUAGUGAAAUGACUCCUGAAGAGAGGAGAGAUCUUCAGAAGAGAGAGGAGGCUCUCCAUGCUGGCAGUCUUCGAGUUCCACGCCGGCCGCCAUGGAGUGCGAACAUGUCCGUGGAGGAGCUUGAUGCCAAUGAAAGACAAGCUUUCUUGACCUGGCGUCGCAGUCUAGCAAGACUUGAGGAAAAUGAGAAGCUUGUCCUUACACCCUUUGAGAAGAAUCUUGAUAUUUGGAGACAGCUUUGGCGAGUUGUUGAGCGUAGUGAUUUGCUUGUGAUGGUUGUUGAUUCGCGAGAUCCGCUUUUUUACCGUUGUCCUGAUCUUGAGGCAUAUGCGAGAGAGGUUGACGAGCAUAAACGGACAUUGCUGCUGGUUAACAAGGCAGAUCUUUUGUCCACUCCUAUUAGAGAGAAAUGGGCAGAGUACUUCCGGGCUCACGAUAUUCUCUUCAUCUUCUGGUCAGCUAAAGCUGCUUCUGCAGCUCUGGAAGGCAAAAAGCUUCAUUCAUCAUCGGAUGCUGAUAAUUUGAAGAAGUGCAGUAACCCAGAUACAAAAAUAUAUGGCAGAGACGAACUCCUGGCUCAGUUACAGUCAGAAGCAGAAGAGAUUGUGGAGAGGAGGAGAAAAUCAAGCUCCUCUGACACAGGGCCUUCUGAUAUUCAAUCUUGUAGUGAAAAUGCUUCUGGUAGUGUGUCAUCAAGUAAUGUAGUUGUGGGAUUUGUUGGUUAUCCUAAUGUGGGUAAAAGUUCAACUAUCAAUGCUUUGGUAGGCCAAAAACGGACAGGUGUUACCUCCACUCCAGGGAAGACAAAACACUUCCAAACGUUAAUAAUUUCUGAUAGGCUAACCCUUUGUGACUGUCCUGGGUUAGUUUUUCCGUCUUUUUCAAGCUCGAGGCAUGAGAUGAUUGCUUGUGGGGUGCUUCCCAUUGAUAGGAUUAGUGAACACAGGGAGGCUGUCCAGGUUGUGGCCGAUAAAGUCCCAAGACAUGUCAUCGAGGAAGUUUAUAAGAUCACCCUUCCAAAGCCUAAGCCAUAUGAACCCCAAUCCAGGUCUCCUCUAGCGUCUGAAAUUCUGAGAACUUAUUGUGCUUCUCGCGGCUAUGUUGCUUCUAGUGGGCUACCCGAUGAAACUAGAGCUGCCCGUCAGAUACUGAAAGAUUACAUUGAUGGAAAGUUGCCUCAUUAUGAAUUGCCUCCUGGAAUGUUGAAUGAGGAACAAACUGUGGCCAAACCCGGAGGACUUGACUCAGUUAACUUAAACAAGUCAGAUUCUUCUCAUAUUGAAGAUUCUUCGGAUGUCAACAGCGAAGCUGCACCUAAUCUUGAGCACGUAUUGGAUGAUCUCGGUUCAUUUGACAUGGCUAAUGACAUUGCUCCAAAGAAAGCUACUGUCAAGAAGUCUAAUGCUUCUCACAAACAUCAUAAGAAGCCUCAGAGGAAAAAAGAUCGUUCAUGGAGAGUAGGAAAUGAUGAUGAUGAGGAUGGGAUGCCAGUUGGCAGAUUCUUUCAGAAACCAGUAAACACAGGUGCAAUGAAAGUCUGAUAAAGGUCAUAUCCGCUGGCAGUAGCCCAACUGCUCAUCUAUUUUCCCCGGUGAUGGGUAGUCAAGGUUGGGGCGUGGGGUGAAGUUAAUGGCGUUUGUUUACGAGUCAUUGCAUAUACAGCCACUGAAGCAAGAAUAUGUUGUAUUGGAGCAAUAAGUCAGAUGGAAAUUUAAAUAACUGUUAGGGUCGGAAUGCAUGAGCUUGAUAGGAGCAUGUUAUAUCUCUCUUUUUUAUUAUUUUAAA